AUGGCAUUCGACGACUACAAGUGCUGCUGCAAUACGCAUGUUCAUGUGAGUUUAGAGGCUUAUAAAUGAGAACAAAAAGUUGGAAAAUACAGUAGACGGAAGUGAAAAGGAAGCUUAACGGAAGAAGUCUAGCAGCGACGAGUUUAUGGGUGCACCGUUGCAGAGACAAACAAAUUUUCCCCGCAAAAAAAAACAAAGUCAUCAGCAAACAUCGUUUCUGGUCUGGCCGGCUCUCCUCAUUUCACGUGCUCUCUAGAAAAAAAACCGCUGAAUAGAUAAGCCCCUGCUGGAAAGUGCGACUUAAAUCUCUCGUGGAUUUGAAUACAUAUGUGUAUAUAAAGAUAUCAGCUUGUCGGGAAAAUAAUGUGGAUUUGCCUUAAAAUCGUCCUUGCGACGGCUAGUGGCGUCCGAGAAUUUGGUGUGCGACCGCGACGAAACGAGGCAUUUUGCUGCGACCAAUCCGCAUUAUUUUCCCGACAGACUGCAUGAAUUCCAUUGAUUUUCCCAACUUCAUCGUCCCUUACAUGGGACGAUGAAAAUAAGACUGAUCUCAUUGUCCACGCAAUGUUCUAUUCUGUUUCAAAUUCUAGAGCGCCAUCCUUGCCAUCGCCAUAAUUGGCUGGCUAUUGGGCGUUGGAGCGCUGAUCGUCAUCAUAGUCAGUUUUGCAAUAUUCUUCGUGCCGAUUCCACUGUUAGCCGGUGUAGGGAAUCUAAUGCUUCUGAUUGGGCGAUGCACAAACACGGCUUGUUUGUAUUGGUUCUUCUUCGUCACUCAGGUGGGACAUUUUUCGAAAAAUUUUUGCGCCUCCUACUACAGGGUGUUCCAAGAGUUAUGGAAAAAACUAUUCAUUAAUAACUUUGUGCUCGGUCGUCCAAUCCGAAUUUUUUUUUUACAUUUUGCAGAAAAACCUUUUAGAGUUUUUAGAAUCAAAAAAAAAUUUUUUUGUUUUAUCGGCGGAGACUUCCGUAAUCCGCCUUGAAUUCGGUGGAGUGCGUUUUUCACAAACGAGGCUGUAAAAAUAGGUUCAUUUUUUUCUCCGCUGAUUUCUUCGCCGAAUUGCCUUUUUUUUCCUCUCCCAGUGAGCCGAAGACGUAAUAAGUCGUAUUUCGGCGCCAUGCCACCAGGAAUACCAUGCGUUUGGGUUUUAGCCAAUUUUGACCCCCCAAAUUCGAAGAAAAAUCGUCCGCCGAGGUUAAAAAAUGUCUCCGCCGAAUGACAAAAAAUUGAAAUUAAUGUCAUAUUGUAUCUUCUGAAUCCUUUCCCGCCCAUUUUUUUCACACAUACAACAAUUUACAGCCUCAUUUGUGAAAAAAACACUCCGCCGAAUUCAAGGAGGAUUACCGACGUCUCCGCCGAUCAAAGAAAAAUUUUUUUGUUGAUUCUAAAAACUCAAAGGUUUUCCUGCAAAAUGCAAAAAAAUUUUUUGGGGUUGGACCACCGAGCACAAAGUUAUUAAAGAAUAGUUUUUUCCAUAAUUCUAGGAACACCCUGUAGUGUUAUAUUUUCAUAAAAUGCGUAGACUUCUUCUCAUCGCUUGAGACAAAAUAAAGGUCGAAUGCGCAGUGCGAAAAGGUUGCGACAAGAAGUCUACGCACUUUUGAAAAAAGCGAAAAAUAUCUACGCAUUUUACGACAUCGCAUUUGUUUUUUGGAGAGCACAUUAUGAGUCUGUCUGGAAAGUAAUGAGCACAAUGUCGCUGCCCUAAUCACAUCGCUGAAGCGAAGAGCAAUUUGAUUUUGCCUGCGGCACAAUUCAUUUUCUCUUGCGAUCUUCGUCACGACAGAGUGCUCAUUAUUUUCCCGACAGACUGAUUUACCUUCCGUAUAACCUUUCAGACUCUCCUGAUCGCCGAUAGCAUUUGGUUUUGUGUGGAGCUGUACAGAAUGGCCAAGCAGACGAUGGCUGGAGAAUACUACUCACUUUUCGGCUGGACUUUACUGUUCGUCGAAGAAAUGGGCGGCUUCUUCAUUGUCUUUGUCUGUUUUGGGGUCCUCUACGUUCUGCUCAACACCUACUUCACCUACAUCGCGUACAAGGCCUACCGUUACACGGUGAAUGUUCUCAACACCCACGUCCAUCACGUCGACGCGGUGAUGGUGUCCACGCAUCAGACCGCAUACCCUCCGGCUUCGGCGAAUCCGGGCUUCGCCCCGUACCCGCAAGCGGCUCCGGCCCACUCGUUCAGCUCGCCUGCCGGAGUGCCGGGCCGCGGAUUCCAGGUUCCUCCGUCAGUUUAUCCGGAGAUAAAGUCUGACAACGCCAGAGGACAUAUGUGA